UUAUUUUUCUUGCAAUUUCAGAACCGUAAAUUCCUGCGCGGCAUUUUUCAACUUCGGAAAAAUGUCGACUUUGUGGAAAUGCAUCCUUGGACCAGCUUUGUAUUCGUCUUACAAAGAAGUUGGACCUUAUGCGACAACUGUGUAUAGGCCGAAUACAGCUGAAGUCGUUGGAGAAUUGAUCGUGAAAUCGGUCAGUCUGUUGGUGACUCUGGUCAAGUACGUGACGAUUGGACUAUCACCGUUUUUUGUAUCGUACCUGCGACGAAAUGGCUACUUUUCAAAAGAGGGCAUGUUAUUUUUGGCGAAGUACUCGGCAGGCUUUGCUGUACUUUACUGUUCCGCAGUUUUUGUUCGUGGCUUCGGUAGGUUUCUCAACCGAGAUUAUUUGCAAUUUCGAUCCGUGCUUGACAAUGCCAGACGAAGUCCCGAAGCGAAGGCUCAGCUGGCGAAGUACGACUUCGACUUCAGAGGAUGGGAGGUUGACUUUAACGUGACUUGUGUAAGUCCCGGUGAAAAGACUACUAUGCCAAAAUUCGAAAACAACCGUCCUGUGAGCUGGACCGAGAUCCCAUUGUGGUAUUUGACUCAGGCCAUUGCCGUGUUUGUCGGGCGUCCGUUACUUUACCCUGGCUCCCUUGGACUGCUGAACUCUGCCAUGAGUCAAGCAUUAUCUGCGGGUCGGUAUUCCUUAAUAUCAAAGUAUAAUGCGAAGAGGUUCAAGCUGUCCACGUGGCGAGGAAAUCACGUGGACAGCAUCUUCGUUGAUGCUCGCCGUAACGGGAAACCCCAUGGAGACUAUUUGGUGGUCUGUUGU